AUGAGUCCCUCUCUCUUCCUGGUCCUCCUUGGCUUCCCGGUGCUCUCCGCUGCUCCAGCCCUUGAGUAUGGUUUGAAUGCACAGUGGCACCAGUGGAAAGCAAAGCACCGGAAAACCUACGGCACGAAUGAAGAAGGAUGGAGGCGAUCAGUGUGGGAGAAGAACAUGAGGAUGAUCGAGCAGCACAACGAGGAGUACAGCCAGGGGAACUCCUCACAAAACCAUCUCCUGACCUUUCAAUGUUUUAUUUACCUUUCCUCCAAGACGAAUGAAGAAUUCAGGCAAGUGAGGAACAGCGUUCAAUACCAGCAGCUCCAGAGGGAGGCAGUGUUCCAGGAACCUCUGUUUGGGGAUGUGCCCGAAUCUGUGGACUGGAGAAAGAAAGGCUACGUGACUCCUGUGAAGGAUCAGGGUCCCUGUGGUUCCUGUUGGGCUUUUAGUGCCACUGGGGCCCUGGAAGGACAGAUGUUCCGGAAAACGGGCAAACUCAUCUCGCUGAGUGAGCAGAACCUGGUGGACUGUUCCAGGGCCCAAGGCAAUAUGGGCUGCAAUGGUGGCCUGAUGGAUUUUGCCUUCCAGUACAUCAAGGACAACGGAGGCCUGGAGUCAGAGGACUCCUAUCCAUACGAGGCCAAGGAUGGCUUCUGUAGGUACAAACCUGAGAAUUCUGUCGCCAACAACACGGGCGUGAUCUACAUUCCAAAGCACGAGGAAGCCCUCAAGAAGGCAGUGGCAGCUGUGGGGCCCAUCUCUGUUUCUAUCGAUGCAAGCUUGAGGUCCUUCCAGUUCUAUAAAAAAGGCAUUUAUUACGACCCAGACUGCAAAAGCAGUGAGCUGAAUCAUGGUGUUCUGCUGGUUGGCUAUGGUUUUGAAGGAACAAACCCGAAUAAAAAUAAAUACUGGCUGGUCAAGAACAGUUGGAGUAAAGGAUGGGGCAUGGAUGGCUACAUAAAGAUCGCCCGAGACCGGAACAACGUCUGUGGAAUUGCUACGGCAGCCUGCUAUCCUACCGUGAACUGAUGGACAGUGAUAAGGAAGGACUUGAUUGGUGACAGUUUCUCCAGCCCAGGGAUUUCAUCUCCAAACUGACCUGCCCCCUCUGUGUGGGAUCCCAACGCUUGAGUCAUUGAUGAUUCAACUUGUGAUGUGAAUUGGACAUUUUUAUUCUAGUAAAAUAUCACUACUACUUUAAUUACUGCUGUAACCAGCUUUGUAUUAUUGACUCUUCCAAUGACUUCUGCAUUUUCAUUUUUCCCUGAAAGUAUGUAUAAACUUGUGUCUUUAAAAAUAAAACUGAAUUCCAAAUGUGA